GCUCCGGGGCUGAGCAGCGGCUCCGGGCCCCGUCCUCCGCCUCCCCGCGAGGUCCCGGCCCGGCCGGGCGGGGAUGAGGCGCAGCGGAGCUGGCACAAAGGCUCCUCCGGGGCUGCCCCUUGCCUGACGCGGCCCAGCUGCCCCCCGGGCCGGCCCCGCCGCCGCCGCCUCCUUGCUUGUGCCUCGCCGGCCCUCGGCCCCCGCCCGCAGCCCCGCGGGAGGAUGUCGGAGGAUCAGGACAUGGACAAGAUGAUCAAGGAAACCUCCAUUUUAGAGGAGUACAACAUUAACUGGACUCAGAAGCUGGGAGCUGGGAUCAGUGGUCCCGUUAGAGUCUGCAUGAAAAAAGCCUCUCAAGAACGCUUUGCACUGAAAAUCCUUCUUGAUCGUCCAAAAGCUAGAAAUGAGGUACGUCUGCACAUGAUGUGUGCAACACAUCCCAAUAUUGUUCAGAUUAUUGAAGUUUAUGCUAACAGUGUGCAGUUCCCACAUGAAUCCAGCCCAAGGGCUCGGCUCCUAAUUGUAAUGGAGAUGAUGGAAGGGGGAGAGCUAUUUCACAGAAUCAGCCAGCACCGGCACUUUACUGAGAAGCAAGCAAGCCAAGUAACAAAGCAGAUAGCUUUGGCUUUGCAGCAUUGCCACUCACUAAACAUUGCACAUAGAGACCUCAAGCCUGAGAAUCUCCUCUUCAAGGACAACUCUCUGGAUGCUCCUGUUAAAUUGUGUGACUUUGGAUUUGCCAAAGUAGAUCAAGGUGACUUGAUGACACCACAGUUCACUCCAUAUUAUGUAGCACCUCAGGUAUUGGAGGCACAAAGACGGCAUCAGAAAGAAAAAUCUGGUAUUAUCCCCACCUCUCCAACACCUUACACUUACAACAAGAGCUGUGACUUGUGGUCCCUGGGUGUCAUUAUUUACGUGAUGCUGUGUGGAUACCCUCCGUUUUACUCCAAACACCACAGUCGGACAAUUCCAAAGGACAUGCGGAAAAAGAUCAUGACAGGAAGUUUUGAAUUCCCAGAGGAAGAGUGGAGCCAGAUCUCAGAAAUGGCGAAAGACAUUGUGCGAAAGCUGCUGAAGGUCAAACCUGAGGAGCGUCUGACCAUUGAAGGUGUGCUGGACCAUCCCUGGCUCAACUCCACCGAGGCACUUGAUAACAUCCUCCCCUCUGCCCAGAUGAUGAUGGACAAGGCAAUGGUUGCAGGGAUACAACAGGCUCAUGCAGAGCAACUUGCAAACAUGAGGAUCCAGGACCUGAAAGUCAGUCUCAAACCCCUUCACUCCGUGAACAACCCAAUCCUGCGCAAAAGGAAACUAUUGGGCACUAAGCCGAAGGAUGGUGUUUAUAUCCAUGACCCUGAGAAUGGAAGCAACGAUUCCAACGUGGCUCUGGAAAAGCUGAGAGAUGUGAUUGCUCAGUGCAUUCUACCACAGGCUGGUAAAGGAGAGAAUGAAGAUGAGAAGCUGAAUGAAGUGAUGCAGGAGGCAUGGAAGUAUAAUCGAGAGUGCAAGUUACUGCGAGACACUCUUCAGAGCUUCAGCUGGAAUGGCAGAGGAUUCACAGACAAAGUGGAUCGGCUAAAACUGGCAGAAAUAGUAAAACAAGUGAUCGAAGAGCAGACAAACUCCCAUGACUCUCAAUAGCUGGAGCUUCUUAAUCUUAUUUUUUUUACCAUUUUAAGAUUUAUUCUUUAACUGUAAAAAGUAUUUUUAUGUAAAUUAAUAAAUCAUAAUUAUUUCAUUAAAUUUCCAUACUGCUUGAAAAUGCUGUAUAGUUGUAGAUAACAAAAAAGAAAA